AUGGCCAACGUGCAACGUCAACGUGCGCGUAUGCGCUCCCCGCGCCAGCUCUCCUCUGGCCGCUCCCCGGACGCGUCCUCGUCUGAUUCGAGCCCAGUGCGUGCCUCGUCCACCGACUCCCCCUCUUCAUCCUCCCCCGACGCUUCACCCUCAUCCACCCCGCCUACGUCCUCGGUCGCCCCCCCUGCAUCCUCAGCCCCGCCGCCUUCCUCGUCCGACUCUCCUUCCCCGUCCUCCGACUCUCCUUCCCCGACUUCCACCCCAACACGGCCGCCAUCCUCCACUUCCGGCCCGAGCUCUCCGUCCGACCCCUCCACCACCCCCUCCAUGGCCCCGUCCUCUCACACCGCGUCUUCCACUACUCCAACUGCGUCCACCUCGGACCCUCCCAGUGUGACCACACCCACAAGUGCCAGUACGUCCGUCUCCCAGGCCUCGGCGGCCUCCUCGGCAUCCGCGUCGGCGCCAACCUCGGCGCCCUCGACUCCACCAAGCUCUGGCUCGUCCAUCCCACCUUCGGCCUCAGGCACAACUUCCAUCCCUAGAUCCACGUCUGAACCCGGGGGGGUGUCCUCUUCCGCGUCUGGGGGCGUUUCUUCUGCGCCGGGGAGUGCGUCUUCCGUCUCCGCGGGGUUAUCUUCUGCGUCUGUGGGGCUGUCUUCUGCGUCGGGGAGCACGUCUUCUGUGUCUGAGGGGAUAUCUUCUGCAUCGGAGAGCGCGUCUUCUGUUUCUGAGGGGUCUGUGUCUGAGGGGAUAUCUUCUGCAUCGGAGAGCGCGUCUUCUGUUUCUGAGGGGGUAUCUUCUGCAUCGAAGAGCGCGUCUUCUGUUUCUGAGAGGGGAUCUUCGGCACCGCUGAGCGCGUCUUCUGCACCGGGGAGCGCUUCUUCAGCACCGCUGAGCGCGUCUUCAGCGGGGAGCGCGUCUUCUGCACCGGGGAGCACGUCUUCCGCGUCCGGGGGCGCGCCGUCAUCUGCGACCUCAUCUACGCCGCCCAUGUCCCCGUCCAUGACGAUGACUUUACCUUCAUCUUCCUCUCUGCCUUCUACCUCUUCGUUCUCGUCCGCAUCGCCCCUGUCGUCGUAUGCACCCACGUCUGCGCUUUCGUCUUCGUCCGAGUAUGUAUCCACGUCUCUGUCUGCGCCUUCUUCGUCUUCUUCCUCGUAUCCAUCGACAUUUGACUCUUCGUCCGCGUCGACGUUUGUUUCUUCGUCCGCAUCGACAUUUGUUUCCUUACCUUCAUCGACAUUUGUCUCCUCAUCCGUAUCGACAUUUGCCUCAUCCGCGUCGACAUUUGCUUCCUCAUCCGCAUCGACAUUUACUUCUUCAUCCGCGUCGACAUUUGACUCUUCAUCUGCAUACACCAUUUCCUCUACAUCCCCAUCUGCAUCCACACUUAUCCCUCCGUCGUCAUACGCAUCCACGUCCUCGCCCGCAUCCGUAUCUAUCCCCCCCUCCACGUCCGCAUCUUCGUCCUCCUCCAUACCUACAUUUUUUUCUUCACUAUCUACGUCCGCUCCCACAUCUCCAUCCGCGUCUUCUCUUGCGUCCUCGUCCGUACCUGCGUCCUCGUCUACCUCCAUUCCUCCAUCUUCGUUUUCCUCGUCUACGUUCCUCUCUCCAUCUUUGUCUUCGUCUUCGUACGCGUCCGCGUCCUCGCCUACUUCCUCACCCUCAUCUGCCUCUGCGUCCGCACCCACCUCCUCAUCUGCGUCUACGCCCACACUUUUAUCUUCUUCGUAUGCGUUGACGUCUUCGCCUACGUCCUCGUCCACGCCCACGUCUCUGUCCACGUCCGCACCCGCGUCUUCGUCUACGUCCAUCCCUCCAUCCUUGUCUUCUUCGUAUGCACCUACGUCUUCGGCUGCAUCCUCAUCCACGUCCGCACCCGCGUCCUCGUCCACGUCCAUCCCUCCAUCUUUGUCUUCGUCGUCGAACGCGUUUACGUCCUUACCAACUUCCGCCCCCUCACUUACAUCUACGUCUGCACCCACAUCCUCGUCUACGUCCUUCCCCACAUCUUUCUCUUCGUUUUCGCCCACAUCUGAACCCACAUCCUCCCCAACACCCACAUCUGCAUCCACGUCCGCGUCCGCAUCUUCAUCCGCGUCCACGCCCACGUUUUUAUCUUCGUCUUCAACACCCAUAUCUGUACCCACGUCCGCGCCCGCAUCUUCAUCUACGUCCUUGCCCACAUUUUUGUCUUCUUCGUAUGCAUCUACGUCCUUGCCCACAUCCUCAUCCACGCCCGCAUCCUUGCCCACAUUUUUGUCUUCUGCAUCUAUGUCUUUGCCCACAACCUCAUCCACGCCCACAUCUGUAUCCACGUCCGCGUCCGCAUCUUCAUCCGCGUCCACGCCCACAUUUUUGUCUUCAUCUUCGUACGCAUCGGCGUCCUUAUCCACACCCUCAUCUGCAUCCGCACCCGCAUCUUCUUUCUCCUUCUCUCCCUCGGACGCACCUACGUCCGCAUCCGCUCCCCCCUCCACCCACGCAUCUGUAUUUACAUCUGCAUCCGACCCCGCGUCCGUGUUGUCUUCGACAUCCGGUGCUUCUUCGCUCUCGCCCUCAUCUUCAUUCGUAGAUCCGUUUACGUCCUCGUCUUUUCUGUCUGCAUCUCUCUCAUCGUCUCUUUUCUCGUCUACGAGUCUAUCUGCGUUUUUCUCUUCUUCCCUUUUCUCUUCUUCGUCUCUAUCUUCGACUUCUAACGCAUCUGCUACUUAUACCCCCGCGUCAUCGUCUUUCCUUCUCUCUUCCGCGUCACAGGCGCCCAUCGCGUCUUCGUCUGUCUCCUCGUCCAGUUUUACGAGCGCGUUCUCACCCGUUUCUCUCCCCAGUGCCAGCACCCCCGGCAGCACCGCCGCAAGCUCCGCGUCCGAGGCAAGUUCGGCUUCGGCGUCGAGUCCAAGCCCAAGCUCGGGCUCGAGCUCGAGCACCGAGUCUGAUCCCCCACCGUCUGCGUCCGCGUCGGGCUCUGCGGGUUCUGUAACGAGGUCCUCGACCGCGGGCGGCUCCUCCUCGCGUUCGUCUGAGGCGUCCUUGUCCGCCGCUUCCUCCUCUUCGUAUGCUGGGCCCCCUGCUGCUUCCUCGUCUGCCGGUUUCACCCCUGCCUCCUCGUCCGACAGUUCAUCGGAUGCCCCGGCUUCAUCCUCCACUGUCAGCUUACCCUUCUCGUUCUUCUCGCGCACCGUCGCCGCUUCCACCACGACCCCUACCCCAAGCUCGGACACGCGUUUCUCCUCCUCGACCAACGCGCCUGCCUCUUCUUCGACGAACACGCCUUCCUCCUCUUCGACGAACGCGCGCUCCUCUACGACCGUGCGCUCAGCCUCCACGAACUCCCGCUCCUCCUCGAGAGCACGCUCCUCCGCACACUCCUCAUCAUCCUUCUCCGUUGAUCUCUCUUCUUCCGCCUCACAACCUACCUCUUUCUCUUCCUCAGACCCCUCGUCCUCCACGGACCCCUCCUCUUCCUCCUGGGAUUCCUCCUCUACGGACCCGCACACCUCCAGCGCGACCUCCCGGAGCGUGUUCACGAGCACGGUUGUCGUGACGUCGACUUGGACUAACCACGGGCAGACAGGCGUAACGACUGUGACGUCGAUCACGACGGGGACGCUCAUCCCCGACCCGGCUGACAAGGAUGGCAAUAUUUUCGAACACAACUCCGGCGCGCUCGCAGGCCUCGUCAUCGGCUGCAUCGCCUUCGUCGCCAUGCUCGCCUUCUGGAUUUUCCUCGCGCUCCGCCGUCACCGCGCACAUCGCCUCGAGGUCGCAGCGCUCGCCGGACAGCCCCGCGGUCGCGCCCCUCUCGGAGAAGACGACGACGGUGACGACGACGACGCGGGUAUGUUGCAACAGACAGACGUCCCGAUCCCCGUUUCGCUCGCAGGCCUCGCCGGCGCGUAUAUGCCUCUGCGCGAGCGCACCGUGUCGGGCGACCUUGAUCUCGUUGCCCCGGCUCUGACUCGCACGCCGAGCGACGAACGUUCGGCGCUGAUCGACGCGCCCGGUCUCACGAGCGAGGACGUCCUCGCCGUGCCCCCGCCCAGCGCGAGGCGCGCGCACCGCUCGUCGAGCUUCGUGGGCCCCGAGCCCGCCGCGUGGCUUGGCGGACGCGAUAUUUCGGCGGACCCGUUCCGCGACCCGGUGCCGCCGUCGCCCUUAUCCGCGCAGCGAUACUCGCCCGACGACACGGGUGUGCUGGGUGGAAGCGGCGGCGAGGACGUGGAACAGCUCGGUGGUGGUGCCGGGGGCAGCGGGUCCUCGCAGCGCGCGUCGGGCGGCUCGAACGGGUUCAGAACGAGCGGGGAUGUCCUCCGCCGGCAGAGCGGGGGCGCGUCCUCGAGCGGGCACUCGUCCAGCGGGCACGGGCACGCGUCGGAGCAGGGCCACAGACUGUCGUCGCACGGACACGGGAUGAACGACGGCCGCCGGUCGCCGGGCCCGUCGAGCCUGCUGCCCACGCAGCCGCACCCCGCGGUCCCGCCCACUGCGUACCGCCCGAUGGCGGACGAGGAGGAGGAGGGGGAGAGUGCGCCACGGAGGAUGGGGAUCCUCGGCCGCUCGUUGCGCUGGAAGCGCGGGCGGUCCUCGUCAGCCACUUCCGUGCCGGGCAGCAUGGGCGGGAACAACGCGACGGGCAGCGCGCCCGGGAGCAACGGGUUCAGCAGCGCGAGCACGAGCCAGUCGAACACGCUGCUCUCCCCGCCCGCGAGCCUGGUGCAGUCGCCGACGGCGUCGUUCUACGACCCGCCGCGCCUCGCGCGCCCGCCGUCGAUCAUCCGCCCGAACUCGUCCGCGCUCGGCGGUCUGUCCGUGCCGGUGCUCGUGCUGCCCGAGCAAGGGUUCAUGUCCAGCAGGCCGGAUUUGCCGUCGCCCGCCCCGACGGAAGGGUCGAGCCGCGCACCAGAGGGCCUGCUGCACCCGCACCUCGGCGCGCUCGGGCCCGUCGGGAUGCGGAGCACGGGCGCGAUCAGCUUUAGAGACGAUAUGGACUACUCGAGGCCUAUCGGCGGGCUGGUGAACAAUAGACAGUAUAGCUCGACGACGGUGCAUACCGUAGACAGCAACACGCGGCCGUCGACGCGCAGGACAUCGCAAGAUUCGGAGCGCUCGAACACGUAG